AUUUGCCAAUAAGCUUUUUUAUUACCAGAUAUAACUAAUUUAUUGGCAGAUAUAGGUGAAUAAAGCAGUAGGAGGUACCCCUGCGGUCUUUAAACGGCCAUAUCCAUCUGAAGGCAUUUGACAAACAAUUCAUUCACGUCGGUCUAGUCUCUAAUAUCUGAUCAUCAAUCUAUCUUGAAUUUCUUGCGAUUUAUAGUUACUAAUCGCAGUAAUGGCUGAGAUUGUUUUCCUGAAAUCCAAGAAGCUCCGCGAGCUUGCUGAGCUGAUUUACGGCUGUGAACUCGAAAGCUUACAGGACCUCUACUUCAAAUCGGAAGAGGAACAAGUGAAAUACCUGAGAACAUGUAAAUCAAACAUGGAUGACGCGGAAAACCUGCUGCAUAAGUGUGGUAAAUUAGUGAAGAAGUAUGAGAAUGACAGCAUUCGGUCUCCGAUUGCGUCUCUCAUCCUUUCGUUCACCGAAACCAGCUUAAACAGUGCACUGCAGGUGGUGAGGAACUACACAUUGCGAAGAGACUAUCUCGACAAAGUUAUUGCGCAUGUCCACAACCUUAUCAAAGAGUUGGAUGAGUUGGACGCUGGCAGUGCCAAAGACGUCGCAGAUCUAACCAACCAAAUUCGACAUUACAACAAGGCUAUUAAGCAGUACGUCAGGAUGAGUGCGAAUAGUGAAGCAUCCAAAGAAUUCUCGUCCACCAUCUAUGAUGGCGGCAUCGACUUCCCAACUCUAGUGCAAACGUACCAGACAGCAUUGGGGUUUGGAGGAGAAUUCAAGCAUCUAAAAGACGAUCAAAAGCUACUGGUGUACGAUUCAAUAAUUGAGGCAUCUGGUCGUGGAAAAGUACUGGAUGAAGAAACCCUGAGGGCAAUUGGAAGUUAUCAAGGGGAUUCCCUUGAUAAAGCUUCCAUUGAUAUUAAAGAUAUUGCUGGCAAGGCCCAUCUCCUGUUCAAGGCAGCAAGCAUAGCAUGGGACAUAUAUACGGCGGAGAACCCCAUCAAAGAGGCGGCGCGUAGUGCAGUUGUUGAGGUAGCCAAAAAAGGCGGUGCAGUGCUGGGAGAUAUUGUGGGAGCUGCCGCAACAGCUGCCGUAGAUGGCGCUGCGGUAACUGAUGUGUUGGUGUGUGGGAUAGGAAUGGUGGCUGGGUUUGCUGCAUCUUUUAUUCUUGGGAUAGCCGCCGGUGCACUGUUCGAUUUGAUUUUCGGCUCCGGAGGCAGCGCACCCUUGCCUAGUGAUGGCCUUAUUUUUCAUGUGGCAAGCAUGCCUGAUGGCAUGGAAUUGGCAAGAAGAAUUGCCUGAAAGAUCAUCACUGGCCAUUUUACAUUAUUAUCUACCUUAAUACAUAUAUAUAUAUAUAUAUAUAAUCCUCAUCGCAUUACAAGAUAUUUUAUAAAAUUAAGAUAUAACGCAAAUGAUUAAUCUACCGUGAUUUAUUUGUAUUAUAUCCUUUUCUAUUAAAUUAUAAUAUCCUGAUGUCAUGAGGACUACAUAUAUCAAAUAAAUAAAAAUGGAUGUGCUCCUUAUAUAUAUAUAUAUAUAUUAUUUAUUUGCUAUUGUUUGUACGUUUUUAUUAGUGUUGUUUGUAAGACAAUUUUCCUUUCCUAUAUAUGGAAAUAUUGUAUGUUGUGGCUAUGUUUCAUCAAUA